UCUAUAUACGGAUAGAAAUCAGUUACCAUCCAUCCAUACACUUCCACUAAUUACCCCCCACAUUUGGUGCCUCGGUCUUUUGGGAGCCGGCGCUGGGAUGCUACACACACACACACACACGCACAUACAUAUACCUACCUACUUCACCCAUCUUACCUACGGAGUAUUUCAUUUCCCUUGGGUUCAUGACUGCUCAUAUGGAGUGUGUGGCGGGUGUCCUUUGUUUAUAAACCCUCUCUCUUUCUGCCUUUUUUUUGUCUAUACCCCCAACAAUAACAACAGUCAUCGAUCCACGUGGGUCGAGUCGAGGUUUUUCUUCCUAUGGUUUUCGCCAACUACAACACUAAUGGAUGGAUACUAUAUUAUGUCUUUUGGAUUGUUUGUUGCCCAUCUGCGUAGCAUCGCAGUCGCAUGACUGUACGGCAUCUUCUUCUGGGCGGAGAGUGUGCCAUUCAUUGCAUCUCGGCCAUUUCCAAGAGAGCCAGCAUCU